UCAAAAUUCAAAUCAUUCAAUUUUCUUCCCCACAAAUUGUUAAUUUUCUUUCAUUUUAGCCCCAAAGGUAUGCAGAAGAGCGACGACACCAAGGCGUCGCCGGUGGCGGUGGCAGCGGAGAGGCCGCCACGGCAGAAGAGAACGAAGACGACACCGAACGAUACUCACUUCCCCGGCCCGCUAUUCCCGGCAGUCCGCCGCAAUUCGACGGCGAACAAGGCGCCGUCGGAUCUCCGCGUGUUUGUCGAGUCCGAUUCGUCAUCCACGUCAUUGAAUCACGGUAACUUUACCCCCAGCAGUAGCAGUAGUAGCAGUAAUGGAAGUAGUGGUUUUAAUGUGAAUAGUUUUGGGGAGAGAGAUUGGAUGUUCCCUUCGUUCUUGGGCCCACAUAUGGGCCGAAGUGGGGUCAAAGUCAAAGGGAGCAAGGCCCAGAAGCCGCAGAUGAUUAUUGAGGAGCUGAAGAAGGAGGAAGUGCAGGAGGUCGUGGCGGUGAGUCAGACUCAGACUCAAACUCAGUCAGCUGGAAGAACUCGCGGAGUAAAAAGCUCCUUGGUAUAUUAUUUGCUAAUUUUCAGUUGUGUAUUCUUUGCAUCUUAUGUAAUUUACCUGCAAGAUAGAGUUGUAAAACUUGAGGAUGAGAACAGUAAACUUUGUAGAGCAUGUAAUAAUAAAGGCGUUGACAAUGAAAGCGCCAGAGUUUUGCAGCUUAAACAAAAUACUUCAACUUCCAAUUUUGGUGAUGCUGACAGUAGAAUUGUUGCUUUGUACACUGUGGUAGUCACACUCAUUAUGCCCUUUGUCUUGUAUAAAUAUCUUGAUUAUCUUCCCCAAAUAAAGAAUUUUUCGAAAAGAACAAAGAAAAAGAAAAAGGAGGUUCCCUUGAAGAAGAGAAUUGCAUAUAGGGUGGAUGUUUGUUUCUCUGUUUAUCCUUAUGCAAAGCUGCUUGCACUUCUCUUUGCAACUAUAUUUCUUAUAAUAUUUGGUGGCUUGGCAUUGUAUGCGGUUAGUGACAGCAGCUUUGCUGAAGCUCUUUGGCUUUCAUGGAGUUUUGUAGCUGACUCAGGAAAUCAUGCCGAUAGGGUUGGCAUUGGACCCAGGAUUGUUUCUGUCUCAAUAAGUUCAGGAGGCAUGCUGAUUUUUGCAAUGAUGCUUGGACUAGUCUCAGAUGCUAUCUCUGAGAAAGUAGAUUCACUGCGGAAAGGAAAGAGUGAAGUUAUUGAGAAGAACCAUAUACUAAUUCUUGGUUGGAGUGACAAAUUGGGUUCACUGCUGAAGCAACUAGCAGUAGCGAACAAGAGUGUUGGUGGUGGUGUAAUUGUUGUACUAGCAGAAAGAGACAAGGAAGAAAUGGAAAUGGACAUAGCAAAGUUAGAAUUUGACUUCAUGGGAACUUCUGUCAUAUGCAGGAGUGGCAGUCCACUUAUACUGGCUGACUUAAAGAAGGUCUCGGUAUCAAAGGCUCGUGCUAUCAUUGUUUUAGCAUCUGAUGAAAAUGCUGAUCAGAGUGAUGCACGCGCUUUAAGGGUUGUUCUCAGUCUAACAGGAGUAAGAGAGGGUUUAAGAGGUCAUGUUGUUGUUGAGAUGAGUGACCUUGACAAUGAGCCCCUGGUUAAGCUUGUUGGUGGAGAGCUCAUCGAAACAGUUGUUGCACAUGAUGUGAUCGGACGCUUGAUGAUUCAAUGUGCUCUGCAACCGGGCCUUGCACAGAUAUGGGAGGAUGUAUUGGGAUUUGAGAAUGCUGAAUUUUACAUAAAAAGGUGGCCUCAAUUGGAUGGUCUGCGUUUUGAAGAUGUGCUUAUCUCAUUUCCUGAUGCAGUUCCCUGUGGAAUUAAGGUUGUUGCAGAUGGUGGAAAGAUAAUUUUAAAUCCAGAUGAUAACUAUGUUCUGAAAGAGGGCGACGAAGUUCUUGUUAUAGCUGAAGAUGAUGACACUUAUGCUCCAAGUCCACUUCCAGAGGUAUGUAACCGUGUCUUCCCAAAAAUACCUGACCCUCCAAAAUAUCCAGAGAAGAUAUUGUUCUGUGGCUGGCGCCGUGACAUUGAUGAUAUGAUUAUGGUAUUAGAGGCAUUCCUUGCUCCAGGUUCAGAGCUGUGGAUGCUUAAUGAGGUUCCUGAAAAAGAAAGAGAGAAAAAGCUUACUGAUGGUGGACUUGAUAUUUCUGGAUUAGAGAACCUAAAACUUGUGCACCAUGAGGGGAAUGCUGUCAUUAGACGGCAUUUAGAGAAUCUUCCUUUGGAGACUUUUGAUUCUAUACUAAUUCUUGCAGAUGAGUCUCUGGAAGACUCCAUUGUGCAUUCUGACUCACGAUCUCUUGCCACCCUUCUCCUGAUUCGAGACAUACAGUCAAAGCGUCUCCCCAACAGAGAUACAAAGUCAACUUCCUUACGGCUAUCUGGGUUCUCUCACAGCUCAUGGAUUCGUGAAAUGCAGCAAGCUUCAGAUAAGUCAAUAAUUAUCAGUGAAAUCCUGGAUUCUAGGACUAGGAACCUCGUUUCAGUUUCCAGAAUCAGUGAUUAUGUGCUAUCAAAUGAGCUGGUGAGUAUGGCACUGGCAAUGGUGGCUGAAGACAAGCAAAUAAAUCGUGUCCUGGAGGAACUAUUCGCUGAGGAGGGGAAUGAAAUGUGUAUAAAACCUGCAGAGUUCUAUUUAUUUGACCAGGAAGAGCUUUCUUUUUAUGAGAUAAUGAUCAGGGGUCGUCGAAGACAGGAGAUUGUAAUCGGCUAUCGACUUGCUAAUUCAGAAUGUGCCAUAAUUAACCCUUCAGAGAAGUCUGAACCAAGAAAAUGGUCUCUUGAUGAUGUUUUUGUUGUCAUCUCCUCAGGAGACUGAGAGUCAACAACCCUCUUUUCGGAUCAAUAAAAUAAGUCGAUCCCAUAACCUUUUAACACCCGAAACUGAACAGUUACUCUCAACCACAAAAUCUCCUGAAAAUGUGUGGAUGGUAGGUUAACAUCUUAGUCAAGUAUUGACUCUGACAAUGUUGUACAAAUUGUAUCAUAUAUCAUUGUGUAGAAUUAGUGGAGAUUUUUCUGAAAUGUAGAAGAUAGUUUCUGGUAAAAUUCCCUCAAUGUAUGUCCCAUUUGUAUCAAUUUAAACUUCCUUCAUCUUCUUGUA